AUGGACAACGAUGUGACUCAACUGCGAAAUGAUCUUGCGCAGUACAUGGAAAGAUUCAAGAGGAUUUAUAAGAGGAAAAAGACUAGGUUCACUCCCUCUGAAGAAGACCUGGAAAAAGUGCCUCAGAGUCCGGAGAUGCACACAAAUGUACUCGAUGUACAGCAAGACACUAUGCUGAUCGAGGACAUCAAAGCCGAUCUCAAGUCGAUGGAAGCAGAAAAGGAGGGCCUUACAAGGAAAAUCGAGAAGACCUACAAGAAAAUUCAGAAUCUUCCCGCAUUGGAG